AGAGUCAGAGAAGGAGAGAGAGAGAGAGAGAGCCAGAGAGAGAGAGAGAGGAGCGGGAAGCACCGGAGAACCUCCCUCAUUAAACCAUCGGUGUUGCGGUGAAUUUUGCGCACCACAGCCAGGUUUGCGCAAAACACACGGGCGGAAGAGAAAGUUCCUGUCCCACGAGCCAGCGCGUGGGAGCGGGAGCAGGAUCGUGACUGACGGAGGCUCCAGUGUCUGUCUCGUCAUGGCAGGACCUGGAGGUGACAUGCAGUGGUGCUUCUCUCAGGUGAAAGGAGCCAUCGAUGAUGACGUAGCUGAAGCGGACAUCAUAUCCACAGUUGAGUUUAACCACACGGGGGAGCUGCUGGCCACAGGAGACAAGGGUGGGCGCGUCGUCAUCUUCCAGCAGGAAAUAGAGAAUAAGAGUCAGCCUCAGUUCCGGAGCGAAUACAAUGUUUACAGCACUUUCCAGAGCCAUGAGCCAGAGUUCGACUACUUGAAGAGUUUGGAAAUUGAAGAGAAGAUCAACAAAAUUCGCUGGCUCCCUCAGAAGAACGCCGCUCAGUUCCUGUUGUCAACUAAUGAUAAGACAAUUAAGUUAUGGAAAAUCAGUGAACGAGACAAGAGACCAGAGGGUUAUAAUCUCAAAGAGGAGGAUGGACGCUACAAAGAUCCAAACACUAUUACGUCACUGCGGGUACCAGUUUUAAUACCCAUGGACCUCAUGGUGGAGGCCAGUCCACGGAGGGUGUUUGCCAAUGCCCACACCUACCAUAUCAACUCUAUCUCAGUCAACAGCGACGAGGAGACCUACCUGUCUGCGGACGACCUCCGCAUCAACCUCUGGAACCUCGAGAUCACUGACCGCAGCUUCAAUAUUGUUGACAUUAAACCUGCCAACAUGGAGGAGCUGACAGAGGUGAUCACGGCGGCCGAGUUCCAUCCUCAUCAGUGUAACACCUUCGUCUACAGCAGCAGCAAAGGAACCAUUCGUCUGUGUGACAUGAGGGCUUCAGCACUUUGUGACAAGCACUCCAAAUUGUUCGAGGAGCCAGAGGAUCCCAGCAAUCGCUCCUUCUUCUCCGAGAUCAUAUCCUCGAUCUCGGAUGUCAAGUUUAGCCACAACGGACGCUACAUGAUGACCAGAGACUACUUGUCUGUGAAGAUCUGGGACCUGAACAUGGAAAACAGGCCAGUGGAGACCCAUCAGGUUCACGAGUACCUGAGGAGCAAGCUGUGCUCACUCUACGAGAACGACUGCAUCUUUGACAAGUUUGAAUGCUGCUGGAAUGGAAAUGACAGUGUGGUGAUGACCGGCUCAUACAACAACUUCUUCCGGAUGUUCGACCGCGGCCAGAGGCGGGAUGUGACCUUGGAGGCGUCCCGGGAAAACAGCAAGCCCAUGCAGGUCCUCAAGCCCCGCAAGGUGUGUGCAGGCGGCAAGCGCAAGAAGGAUGAAAUCAGCGUGGACAGUUUGGACUUCAACAAGAAGAUCCUCCACACGGCCUGGCACCCGCAGGACAACAUCAUCGCAGUGGCCACGACCAACAACCUCUACAUAUUCCAGGAUAAAGUGAACUAACCACAGGGGGAGGUCUGGCGUGGAUGAUGUCACGUGUACCACCUGCAGCCUCAUCCCGAGUGAUCUGCGGUAACGCCGAUAACCAGCACCCCUGUCCGUUGCUACUGGGUGACCCAGACUGCCACUUUGUUCUAGAUGUGGACAGAGGAAGCGUCGCUCUUGCCCAUCAUCGGCCUCUUCGUGGCAGAGUGACACCUGCCUCGUCGUUUAAGUGAUGUUGUGCCAAUUUCUUUCCUUUUUGGUAUGUUUUUUUUUUUUUUUGCGAGCCCACCUGCCCUUUUUCUUCCCCUGGGGUAUCAUGGGUAAACCAGUUUAAUUUACUUUAAAAUUCUGAAUACAGACACACUUAUUUUUAUAACUUUUCUCCCCCCCCCCCAAUGGCUCUGAUAGAAAAUCAAAAACACUUAUUUAGUAUGUCCCCUUAUUGUCCUGUGCCAUUGUAGUGUUUAUUUUUCUAAGAAAAAAAAAUUGCCAGUUUUUUUUUUUGUUGUGUAUACACCUUUUUAUUAAUUCAUCCGUUAUGCUGUCAUAGUAUUCUUUGAGUCUCUUCACACGUCUCAUCUCAACAGUCACUAACGUACACUCACAGUUUUCGUUACACACUUGCUGAUCAGGAAACGGCGGUCGCCUCCUCCAGGAGUUUGAGCAGCACCUCUGUACUGUCACAGAUUCGAAGCCUGGUCCAGUGAGGCGUCAUCUCACUCACUGUCACGGCUUGAGGCUCUGGCUGGCCAGAUAGGUCGAGUCUCUAGAAGAGAGCGUCUUAUUAUUCUUAUUCUUAUUUCCUUUUUGGAUUGGCUCUGUGUCUUGACAUCUCUGUGCAUCGGUUCCUCUUCCUCCUUUUUGUUUUCUAUUCCACGGUAGUCAGGUAUAAGAGAUAGCCUAUUCAAAGAUAAAUAUUAUGAUUGUCAUAUUUAUAUUUAAGCAAAGUCACCAGAUUUGUUCCGUCCUAUUUUGUGAAAUGAAGCUGGACCUCACACAUCUUUUCUGAGUGAUCUUAAAAGUAUUGUCCUUCCAUGGUUGUUACCACAGCUCUGAAACCGUGCUUCACAACAGGGAAAACCUUCUUUUACUUUUUUUUUGGAUUUGACACUGGACUUAAUUACCGCACCAACUAAAGUACUUGUCUGUGUUGUAAAGACUGCAGUUUAAAAAGAAGACAUUAUUUGAGGCAUUAAGUCACUUCAAAGUGUUUGCUCAAAAACUACUGCAGGCAUUAUUACUGCUCCUGUACUGUAUGUGAUGGUGCAACACGUUGCACAUGGAUUUGCAGCAGUUGAUGUCGCCACGCCGUAUUUAAAAAUUAAAAUGUGGACAGUUCAGACUAAAUCGAUGCCUCUAGUAAUGUAUAACUACAAUUUUAUUCUAUGACAGUGAAGAUAAUAAACUACUUUUUGCAUUCUU